AGUACUUCCGGUACGAGGGGUAAACCCGCAGGAAGUAGCUCACUGGACCACCAAUACAGGAACAACAGAGUAAACAGACACGUUUAAUCUGUUUUUGGGACUAUAUCUCCAUAAUUAUGAGAUGAGACAGUACAGUCAGUCCCUCGCUCGGACGGUGUGGCGCGUCUGUGAUGGUUUGAGCCGCUGUUAUAGGCAUGAAUGAAGGCAGGCAUCCAUGUCCAACCAUGGAGAGGAGAAAAUAACCCCAAAAAGAAGGAAAAGAAGACGCUGCAUCGCUGAGGAAUCUUCAGCCUCUAACUCCGACUGAGGGUCGGCACAUCCGGACGGAGAACCGGAGAGCGACCGAGGGGUGAGGGGCGAGGGGCUGGUGCUCAGAAUGGCUUUCCUCGAUAACCCUGCCAUCAUCCUGGCCCACAUCCGGCAGUCGCAUGUGACCAGCGAUGACACCGGGAUGUGCGAGAUGGUCCUGAUCGACCACGAUGUGGAUCUGGAGAAGUGCCAUAUGUCUGUGGCGUCCGCUGGUGGAGGCUCGUCCGGGGGUUCGUUUGGGGAUGGCAGCAGUGGAGGAGACGGCCAGACCUGCGAUCUCUCUCAGUCUGUCGACAUCACCUCCAGCUGGGACUUUGGCAUCCGACGGCGCUCCAACACAGGACGACAAGACAGUUUCGUGAGACCUGAGCCUGCUGCUCAAAGAUUGGAGCGAUUGAGGAAAGAAAGACAGAACCAGAUCAAGUGCAAAAACAUCCAGUGGAAAGAGAGAAGCUCGUCACAAUCAGCAGACGACUUGAGCUCGCUUUUUGAAAAGAAGGACUUUAAGGACAGGCCCCGGAGCACAGGCAGUAAAUCCACACUCUCGCUGCGGCUAGAGCAGUGUCCUCAGCAGCUCAACAACCCCUUCAAUGAGUACUCCAAAUUUGAUGGCAAGGGCCAUGUUGGUACAACGGCAACCAAAAAAAUUGACGUCUACCUCUCAAUGCAGUCGACCCAAGAAAAGCUUCACCCCAUGACGGUGGUCACGAUGGCCAACGCUCGGGUCCAUGAUCUUAUUGGGCUCAUCUGCUGGCAGUACACCUGUGAGGGCCGCGAACCCAAACUCACUGAAAACGUCAACACUUACUGCCUCCACAUCGCUGAGGAUGACGGCGAGGUGGACACUGAUUUCCCUCCGCUGGACUCCAACGAGCCCAUACACAAGUUUGGCUUCAGCACGCUGGCUCUGGUCGAGAAGUAUUCAUCUCCUGGACUGGGGCCCAAACAGUCACUCUUUGUUCGAAUAAACGCGGCUCAUGGUUUCUCCCUGAUCCCGGUGGACAGCCAGAAAGUCACCAUGAAGGAUAUUCUGCAGAAGGCCCUAAAAAAGCGUAAGGGCUCCCAGAAAGGAGCAGGCCCCAUGUAUCGUCUGGAGAAGCAAACCGAACCGAAUGUGGCGGUGGAUUUGGACAGUACACUGGAGAGCCAGGGAACCAUGGAGUUCUGCUUGGUUCGAGAAAACAGUUCUCGAGGCGAGGAGAGCUCAGAGGAGGACCCGCCUAUAGACAUCACUACGGUACAGGACAUGUUGAGCAGCCACCACUACAAGUCCUUCAAGAUCAGCAUGAUCCACAAGCUCCGCUUCACCACAGAUGUGCAGCUAGGAAUUUCUGGUGAAAAGGUGGAGAUCGAUCCUGUCACCAAUCAGAAGACGAGCACAAAGUUCUGGAUCCGACAGAAGCCGAUCUCCAUCGACUCGGAUCUGCUGUGUGCCUGUGACCUGGUGGAGGAAAAGAGUCCAAGUCAUGCAAUAUUUAAGCUCACAUAUCUAAGCAACCACGAUUACAAAGCCCUGUACUUCGAGUGUGAUGCUGCUACCGUCAAUGAGAUUGUGCUCAAGGUGAACUACAUUCUGGAGUCUCGUGCCAGUACGUCGAGGGCGGAUUACUUCGCCCAGAAGCAACGGAAACUGAACCGUCGCACAAGCUUCAGUUUCCAGAAGGACAAAAAGUCGGGCCAGUAGAGCUAGUGGCCAAACCGAUCAGCAGACUCUGAACCAAACGGCCUGCAUGAACAGAGGCAGAGAGAAAGAUGGGAAACAUAAAGAAUAGUAGGAUGGCGAGAGUUUUAGAUGAAAAUGCAUUUACAUCCAGAUGGAGAAAUCAGCCUCUCAAGGUCGACCUUUUUUGGACUGACGGUCCUUAAUCAUAUCAGAGCACUAAUGCUCUCUGCUGUCACUCGAAUGUACUAGCAAAACCAACCAACAAUCUAAUUGAACAAUUAUAUUAACGUUUGAAGCCACAGCCAUCGCCCAGACCAGACAGAACCACCGUCUGGACUCUGAAUGCCACGGACCGAGAACUUGCUGCUGUUAGCGUCAAAGACUUCCUUCCACUGCCUCCAAACCAACUGUACAUAAACACACCAAACGAACGCAGUCGGAAACUUACAGGCCAGAAAGAGCAAGCGAACCGUAUUAGCUGUUCCCGUAUGUAUCAAAGAUGUUAACUCAAACUGCAUCGGACACUGACACGUAAUCACCGUAUUUUUUUUUUAUUUUUAUGAAAAUGUAAAUAGCAAACGCAUUCAGGGUCUGAUGACAAACCCUCUCUGGCCAUAGUACUUCAGUGCCUGCUACAGAUCAACAGGACGAAUGCGUUCUUCGAGAUUUUACGCGUCCGCUGGUUAAGUCGGGAAACUCUUUUUACCACCAGAGGAGGUUAAUAGGUUAAGGAAUGACAGAUUUUUAAUGAUCAAAUAUGAAAUUAAUAACUACUUUUUACUGUGAUGUGUUUUUGCCCCUCUGCAUUGUAUCUUUGGAUUGGAUAUAUAUAUAUAUUAUAAGGAACCAAUCGCCGUGUAUUUCCGCCGGAUGUUUUGGUUUAUUCUGACUGUCUUCUCGGGCUGCAGUGGGAAUGUAUGACAUUUGUUUCUAGAUGUUAAAGAUAACAUUAUUACGCUAGGUUCAUUUCAUCCGUGUCUGCCGCCGACUCAACCUGAAACUCUCGCUCUAUAACUCCACUUCAAACGCUGCUGUUGUUAAACUGGAUUCAGGGUGUUCGUUCUAUCCAAAACUGUUCUGACUCAGGUUUCCGACUGCCAUGUUGUCUUGACUGAUCUUGUAUCAUUUUUCUUUUUUUUCUUUUUACAAAGCUGGAGAGCGAUGACUGAUUGUCAGCUCAGCGCUGACGGAUGGACAAAGAGAGUGUGUUUUCCUGUGACAGGGAUAACAGCUGAAUAGACAUUUCAAAUAAAACUUUAUUUAUAAUAUUCCGAUGAACAGGGGGGGGUUAUCAUGCGGCCUAUGGAAUCAAUAUUUGCUACAGUACAUGUAUACUGUAUAUAAGUAGAUUUUUUAAUUAAAGAAUGAACUAUGA